AUCAGGCUCAUAGCCUGGCAGUGAAGGCAGCUAUUAGGUAGAGUACAGUGAUAUCAUCAUACCUCACAGCAACUUCAAACUCCUGGGCUCAAGCAAUCCUCUUGCCUCAAGCUUCCUGAGCAGCAGGGACUACAGCACUUUGAAUAGUCCAUGCCACUCCACCUUGGCUUAUAAGGUUUCCACUGAGAAGUCUGCUGCCACAGGUACUGGAGCUCCUUGGCUUCUGGAUUCCUUCCCCAUGUUGUCCUGAGUUCACUGAACUUCUUCAGGACAGCUAUUUUGAAUUCCUUUUCUGCAAGGUCAAUUAUCUCCAUCACUCCAGGAUUGGCCAUUGGUACCCUUGGUUGGUUUGGUGAGGUCAUGUCUUCCUGGAUGUUCCUGAUGCUUGUGGAUGUUCACCGAUGUCUGGGAAUUGAAGAGCUAAGUAUUUAUUUUAAUCUUCACAGUCUGGGCUUGUUUGAACCCAUCCUUCUUGAGAAGGCUUUUUAAGCCUUCCAAAAGAAUUGAGUGUUGUGAUCCAGGCAUUUGGUCACCACAGCUAUGUUAGUACUGAGGAUGCCCCAAGACCAGUAAUGACUCUUAUAGACGCCUGGUAAUACCACCUUCGUGGACUUGGAUGAGAUAGGGGCUAAUUCUUGGGAUUACUAGGCAAAAUCUCUCACCUUAUUCCCUCAUUCUCUGUGCUGGGCUACUGGAGUUGGGGGAGGAGUGAUGUGGGCAGUCUCUCAUGGUCAUACCUGAAGCUAGCUCGGUCUCACCCAAAGCCCAUGGUCACUGCCUGGCUAUAUCUAACAUCUAUUCAAAACCCAAAGGGUCUUUAGUUAGCAGGUGGUGAAUUUUGCCAGGACUUAUUCCUUCCUUUCAAGGCAUCAUGUUUCCUUCUGGCCCAGGGUAGAUCCAGAAAUGCCAUCCAGGAACUAAGGCUUGGACUGAGGGGCUUUGGGAUUCUGCUUGGUACUUUAUUUUGUUGUGGCUUGGCUGGAACUCAGCUUGCAAAAUGAAGUCCUCUGAGCUCUUCUAUUUCCUUUCCUUAAGUGGAAGAAGACUCUCCCUGAGCCAUGCUACCUGUAGUUGGGGGAGGGGUGACACACUGCCUUGGCUGCAGCUGCUAGUGUCUAACUAGGUCAUGUCCACCCCAGGUCCAUGGGCUCCCAGCCAGCCACAGGAAUUGCUCAAGAACUGCAGCCUUUGUGUCCCUGACUACCUUAAUAAUUUAGCCCAAGCUCCAUGCUACUUAUUGUCAGCUGGUAGUGUGGCUAGCCAGAACUCAGGUUUUAGGAUGGAAGAUUUCCUUCUAGCUGGACAGGUCUAAAUGCUCCCUCCAUGGGUACUGGUAGAAUUCUGCCCUGUGCUGUGUUCCCCUGUGCCAGGGUGGCUAUGAAUUUCCAUGAAAAACCCCACAGUUCCUUUGCUUAGAGGUGAGAGGUGGCAUAGACAAUGAAAGAUUGUUGUUUCUUCCCUCUUCAGUGCCUCUUCCCUUGAUGUAAUGUUACGUCCAGGUAGUAUAAUAGCUCACCUGAGUUUUGGUUCUUCUGAAGGUGCUUGCUGGCUUGGAUAUCUGUUGAAUUUGGUGUUCAUGUGGAGGAAUGAGCACUAGAGGUUUCUAUUUGGCCCUCUUUCUCCACCUCAUUUUCCCUUUUUAUGGACUGCAUCUCACAUGAUGUCAGUGGGGUUUUUCUUUUUUAUUUGAUAUAACUAUCCAUUGUGUAAUAAUUGUCACAAAUUGAUGCAUCCAUGCCCAUCCAUGCUGUUCAUUAUAUCCCCAGAACUUAUUCAUCAUAUAACUGAGCCUUUGUACCCUUUGACCAACAUUUCCCCAUUUCUUCCACCCUUCCAGACCCUGGUCAUCACCAUUCUACUCUCUGUUUCCAUCAGUUCACAUUUUCUAGAUUCCACAUAUACAUGACAUCACAUAGGAUUUAUCUUUCUGUGCCUGGCUUAUCUCACUUAAUAAUGUUCUCCAGUUUCAUCCAUAUUGUCACAAAUGGUAGCAUUUCUUUUUUUCUGGCUGAAUAAUACUCCAUUGUGUGUGUGUGUGUGUGUGUGUGUGUGUACCACAGUUUUUCCCUCCGUUCAGCCACUGAUGGUCACUUAGCUUGAUUCCAUAUGUUGGCUAUUGUGAAUAUUGCUGCAAUGAACAUGGGGAUGCAAGUAUCUUUUUAAAAUAAGGAUUUUAUUGCCUUUGGCUGUAUACCCAGAAGAGGGAUUGUUGGUCAUAUGAUAGUUCAGUUUUUCUCCAAAAAAAUGUUUUUUCCAAUGUUUUGAAUACAUUGGAUACUUGCUUCUCCAUUCUUGUGAUAGUUUACCAAGAAGAAUGUGUUCUAACUCCAUCCAGGUCAAUACAAAAGAUGUAAAGUUUCCACCUUUUAUAGCAGAAUAGUAUUCCAUGGUAUACAUAUACCACAGCUUGUUAAUCCAUUCCUGGGUUGGUGGGCAUUUAGGGGCACAAUGGUAGGGUGUAUGGCACACAUCUUGAGGGUGGGACAACAUUAUAAGAGGGACGCUACCUAACAAGUUCAACCAUUGAAACCUAUUUCCCUGUACCCUGAAAUUAAACUGAAAUAAAGAGAAAAAAAUUUUUUUAUCCUUCCCAUUGGGGCUUCUCUGAGAAAGAAAUUAAGUAAUGUAUAUUAAAGCUAACUAAACAGUAAGAAAAACAAGCUUUUUUCAGAAUAAGGUAUUUUUGCCAAAAUCAUUUACUAUAAAGUGACUGCUUUUAUAUGUCUGCUUCUAUAUGUUGCUGAUUGUUCUAGUCUUUCUUUUGUCAGUUUAAAAUUUUGUUCCAUUCUCUAGAAGCUGUAACUGCUAAUAGCUGGGAGAGGGAGGAUGCCGGAAUCGGGGCAGGUGUAUUUGGCAAAGAUCUAAGGUGUGUCUCCAUCAGGGACAUGAACUCCAGCCAAGAUAUGUUAUAGUCUGUCUGGGGAUCAUUAUGAUAACCAGAUUCAUAGUGCUUCCUUCUGAUAGAACGUCUUGCCUCUGCUGCUGAGAUGGAUGACAAAGAUAAUAACAAAGAACUGAAUCAGAAAUUAAACUUUUCCUGUGGUGAGGAAGAGACUGAGAGAGAAGAGCAGAAGACAACACCAGAGAGCAGGGAGGCCCAGAACCAAAGCCUGAGGAAGGAUAAAGCUCAGUACUCGGAGGCAAUGCUCUCGCCACCCAGGACUCCCUGUAGUAACAUACGUAAACUUGCAACGUUCUCACCGUCCAGGAUUCCCUUUAGUAACAUAGGUGAACUCGACGCAUCUCAGGAUAAAGACAAAGAAAGCCCAGAUCACAGUUUGAGGACUUCAGUGUCCCUGCCUCUCAAAUGUCCUGAGACACCCACGCAACUAGAGAAAAGGAGCACGCUGCUUCAUGGUGACAGCCCCUCUACUCCCAAAAGCAUGCUGAGCCAGUUGGCGAUUUCUCCCACAGGGAAGCCUCCACCCAAAAGCUCUAAACAUUUGAAGCUCACGCCUGUUCCCCUCGGGGAUGAGAUGGCUUCAUUGUCUCUGGUCAAUAUUAAUCCCUUCACCCCAGAGUCCUAUCGAAAAUUAUUAAUUCAAUCCAGUGGCAAGAGGAAAAUCCGAGGAGACCUUGAGGAAGCUGGUCCAGAGGAAGGCAAGGCUGAACAGGGGCUGCCUGCCAAGAGAUGUGUUCUACGAGAAACCAACAUGGCUUCCCGCUAUGAAAAAGAAUUCUUGGAGGUAGAAAGAAUUGGGGUUGGAGAAUUUGGUACAGUCUACAAAUGCAUUAAGAGGCUGGAUGGAUGUGUUUAUGCAAUAAAGCGCUCUAUGAAAUCUUUUACAGAGUUAUCAAAUGAGAAUUUGGCUUUGCAUGAAGUUUAUGCUCAUGCAGUGCUUGGGCAUCACCCCCACGUAGUGCGUUACUACUCCUCGUGGGCAGAAGAUGACCACAUGAUCAUUCAGAAUGAAUACUGCAAUGGUGGGAGCUUGCAAGCUGCUAUAUCUGAAAACACUAAGUCGGGUAAUCAUUUCCAAGAGCCAAAACUCAAGGAUAUCCUUCUACAGAUUUCCCUCGGACUUAAGUACAUCCACAAUGCUGGCAUGGUGCACAUGGACAUCAAACCCAGUAACAUCUUCAUUUGCCACAGGAUGCAAAGUGACUCCCUUGAAGUCUUAGAUGAAGUUGAAAAUGAAGCUGAUUGGUUUCUCUCUGCCAAUGUGAUAUAUAAAAUUGGUGACCUGGGUCAUGUGACAUCAAUAAGCAAACCCAAAGUAGAAGAAGGAGACAGUCGCUUCCUGGCUUAUGAGAUUUUGCAAGAGAAUUAUCAGCACCUUCCCAAAGCAGACAUGUUUGCUUUGGGAUUAACUAUUGCAGUGGCUGCCGGAGCAGAGUCAUUACCUGCCAAUGGUCCUGCAUGGCACUGUAUCCGAGAGGGUAACUUUCCCACCAUUCCUCAGGAGCUCUCAGAAGACUUUGACAGUCUGCUCAAGAGUAUGAUCCACCCUGAUCCAAGAAAGAGACCUUCUGCAACAGCUCUGGCCAGAAAUCGAGUUCUACGGCCCUCUCUGGGGAAAGCUGAGGAGCUCCAGCAGCAGCUGAAUUUGGAAAAGUACAAGACAGCCACACUGGAAAGGAAACUGAGAGAAGCCCAGCAGGCCCAGUCCCCCCAGGGAGCCCCUGAGGUUUCUGAGGCCCACGCAGGAUCAGGAAGCAGGAAACUCCUGGUAGGAGGAAAGAGUGCAAAGUCUUCAAGCUUUACUUUGGGACAGACAGCAUGAGCCUCUGAACUGAAAGAAGAAAGGGAAACAGCCUUGUGGAUUAAGAGGUUGCUCUUGCCAGCUGCCCUACCAAGACCCAAGGGACUCCAAGUGUAUAUAGAAAGGAGUGAAAUUUGGUUUUGAGUUGAAGCUAACAUCUUACAAGAAAAUGUAGUUGGAUUUAAACAGUGCUUCCUAGGUUUUAUGAUGCUAUUCCUAAAAAUAUUCCCAGUCCCUUUGAGGAAGUGGUUCUCCUAAUGUAUAUACACCCUUUGUGUGAUACUGUAUUUAUUAAAUAAAUGACUUAUGUGAACUAGGCAAAAGUAAACAUGUAUAUAAUGUGUCCAUUUCUGAGCUGUCUACCUUUUAGAACAGAAAUAUUAGAGGCAGAGGAGUCAAGGAAAAUUAACACGGCUAUUAUUCCUCAAUCUGCCCUCAUUCUCUCGUGGCUGUUUUGAUAUUCUGGGUCUCACCAAUUUCUUUUGAUUUUUAUCAGAAUGUGGCUUUGCUUCCUGCCAUUUUAUCAUAUUUUAUCCAAAUUCUUUUCCUGUAUAUAUACAUUUUUUAAAGGAACAGAAUAUUUUUUAAUAAAGAUUUUUAUCUUGUCCAAAGCUGAAUUAUGGGUAAAGCACUCUUUAUUAUAGGUAGCCAACAAAGAAUGAGAAAUUUGUUGGAAAACAUUUUAUGAACAAAUGGGUAAGAAUUCAGUAGGUUAGUACUAAUGCUUUAGGCCCAGCUUCAGAGAUUGGAAGUUGUUAAUGUUCAGGCUCUGCUAUAAAAUGUCAGUUAUAAAGAUAUUUGAUAAAUAAUAUUCAUGUCAUCUUAAUGAAUGUAAACUAUUAACAACUAAUGGAUCAUUUUACUGCUUAAUUUUAUUUUCUCCUCAUUUUUGAAAGCUAAUUAAGUGUUUUUAAUUGAAUAAACCCUCAUGCUAUUCUUUGUUCUGGUUUG